AUGGGAGUAGCUAUCUAUCCCAUUAGGAUAUUUCCAUGCUCGGACUAUGCUCAUCUGACAGACCAUUGGUCCGUGCACGUCCCUGGAUCCUUACGUGCUUCAAGAUGGGGUUUGAAGAAGAAUCAGAGAGCAGAGAGUCCAGUUUCUUGUGAAAGUAGCAUCACCAUUGAAGGGAUGAGCAGAGCAUGUCGGUACAGUCCAGAGGAGAAGAAGGAAAGAAUUGAAAGAUAUAGAACAAAAAGAAACCAGAGGAACUUCAACAAGAAGAUUAAGUAUGCUUGUAGGAAGUCGUUGGCCGACAGUCGACCACGGAUCAGAGGAAGAUUUGCAAGGUACAACGACGACGUCGUGAAGAAUUAUCCAGUGCAAUGGAGUAGUCAUGGGCGAGAGGAGGAGGAGGAAGAAGAAGAGGCAAAUGGUGGUGAUAAUUGGAUCAAGUAUUUUAUGGAUGCAUAUUCUGCGAACCUUAUUCCAUGA